AUGCCGUCCUUGAGGGAGGCCCUCCAACAAACCCACCAAAUACUGGAAGCAUCCGGAAUUCCCGAUGCCCGGCUGGAAGCCGAGGUGAUGGUGAUGAACGUGAUGCGGAUGCCCCGCCAGGACAUCUUCGCGCAGCAGGAACUGGCGGUUUCUUCUCAACAGCAAGAAACGCUAUCCCAGGUAAUUGACCGGCGCAAACAGCGCGAACCCCUGGCUUACAUCCUCGGCUACAAAGAGUUCUACGGCGUAAACCUACUGGUCACUCCCGACGUUUUAAUCCCCCGCCCGGAAACCGAAACCCUGGUGGAACAUGCUUUGUUCAUGUCCCUGAUGGGCAUGGAGGUGGCUCACCUCGUCAUAGCCGACGUUGGGACCGGGACCGGGGCCAUCGCCCUGAACCUGGCGAUUCACCUGCCGGCGGCCCGGAUUUACGCAACCGACUCCAGCGAAAAAGCCCUGAUGGUGGCCAACUACAAUAUUCGCCGCCACAAUGUGGCCGACCGGGUAACACUGUGCCACGGCGAUCUCAUGGAGCCAUUGCCGGAACCAGUGGACCUGAUCGUGGCCAACCUGCCUUAUAUUCCCACCGCCCGCAUACCCACGCUUCAGCCCGAAAUCCAAUGGGAACCGGCGGCUGCCCUGGACGGCGGAGAACAGGGCAUGGACCAAAUCACCCGUCUCAUCGCCCAGGCGUCGGAAAGGCUAAACCCACAGGGGUCGAUUCUGCUGGAGAUGGACCCGGAGCAAGUCCCGCUGGCCGAGGAACUGGCCCGCCAGUAUUUUCCAGAGGCCGAAACGGGGGUGGAGCGGGACUUGGCCGGCUUGGACCGGGUGUUAACCAUCAGCCGGGGUGUAGCGGAAGAGGCGUAG